AUUUCAGGGUGGAGGGAUAUGCAUUUACCUCUGACUGGCCUUCCUCUCUGUUGGAUCAGGAUUUCUCACAUGCACUUCUCUCCUUUGAAAGAGAGAGAAAGAUCGUUAAGCAUCCCUAGAUUGCAGAGACGGUGCCACCUGACAUCUGAGUUCCAUCCAGCAAAGCUCAGAGUGGUUUCUGAAAUCCUUGAAGAUGAAAAGAUGUUGCAUGCAAUUUCCAUUUUCCGGUGGAAAAGGGCCUACAUGUAGAUAAGAAACAGGCCAACUAUUGAGAGCUCCUUUCUGGUGGGAAAUGAAUCAGGAGUUGUCAUUUCUAUAUAAUAGGGAGGAGAAGCUGAAGCUCAGGACAACUUCUUUGCAGAAUCUCCUAGUCUGGAGCAGAGCUGGGGUCAGUGCCAGGAGGCCUGACACUGCCAGGCCAGUCUCUCCCAAAAGUGAAGACACCACUGGACCUUAGAAUGACUCAGAUUUUAAGGAACUGGUCCAACUCAAGGCCAAUUUCCAAAUUAGAUGGAGUUGCUUGGAAUUAGAUGGAGUUGCUUGGAGCCUUGCCCACUGGAAAGAAAACUGUGGUUUUGGUGAUGUUGAGACAAAGCCCUUAAAUGAGGAAACUAUGGGUGGUAGCGAAGUCUGUUCCUGCAAUCCUAAAGCCAGCCAAGGAUCCUGCUGUUGAGCCCAGUUCAGCUGUUGACUCUCCAGCUGCCCCAGUGCCCCUGAGGGCUGUUUGCCAUGGGGAGAGGAGCAGCUGGCUGCACUCUGAAAUGCCUGAGUUUUCCCAAGAUACUCAUUGUCUGUCUGCAGCACCAGCCUCCACCCUACUUGCUCACUCAACCGUGGCUGAUGUGUCUUUAAUUAAAGAAGAGGAGCAAUUUGAGAUUUCAUUUUCUUUCCUCAAUUGAAUUUCCUAUUUUCAUCACAUUUUGUGAGGUCCCCUCACCUUACUUUUGUCUUGUAGUUUUGCUGGGGGACCUUUAGUUUGUGGUGUGUCUCCUCUAAUAUAAGGAAGAAACAGGAGAAAAACAGAUUGUUUUGGGCCAGGGAAUUAAGAUCCUGGGUCAGAUGGCUGCUACGGUCAUUAACAUAUUUACAUUUUUGCUUAAGAGCCUCGUUGAGGAUCAAGGGAGUUAAGGGCGAUUGUCAUUGAAAUGCGGAUGAAACCUUGCAUGAAAUUGCCGUUAGUGUCCCAUUGUCUGGGGGCACGAGGGGGGGGCAAACGGCUUCCUCAUCCCUGCUCACUAGCCUGCCCGGGAUCGGGGACUGGCAGAAGGAGCUGCGCUGAGGAAGGGCUCCGUGGUGCCUGUGCUGCGGGAGCUUUGCUCCCCGUGGGGCUGGAGCCGGGCUCAGCACGGCCCUGCUGCCUGUCCUCGGGUGAGGCCCUGAUGCUCGGCUGGGCUUGUGGGACAAUUGGCCCCGAAGGAGAUCGUCAUGGAUAAAUGCAUGAAGCAGCUAGCAAAGUUUGAUCCUGACAACACUGGCUACAUCAGCACGGAGAAGUUCCGCUCCCUUCUCCAGAGGCAUGGCUCGGAGCUGGACCCCCACAAGCUGGAGGUCCUGCUAGCCCUGGCAGACAGCAACUCUGAGGGGAGGAUCUGCUACCAGGACUUCGUCAACCUGAUGAGCAACAAAAGGUCGAACAGUUUCCGCCAAGCCAUCCUGCAGGGGAACAGGAGGCUGUGCAGCAAGGCCCUGCUGGAGGAGACGGGGCUGAGCCUCUCGCAGAGGCUGAUCCGGCACGUGGCGUACGAGACCCUGCCGCGGGAGAUCGACCGCAAGUGGUACUAUGACAGCUACACCUGCUGCCCCCCGCCCUGGUUCAUGAUCACCAUCACUAUUGUAGAGGUUGCCUUUUUUCUUUACAAUGGAGUGGUCUUAGACAGAUUUGUGCUGCAAGUCAGCCACCCCUUGUACCUGAAGAAUGCAUUACUGUACCAUCCCCAGCUUCGGGCCCAGGCUUGGAGGUACCUAACCUACAUAUUCAUGCAUGCAGGGAUAGAACACCUUGGGCUCAAUGUUGUCCUCCAGCUCUUGGUUGGGGUUCCUCUGGAAAUGGUGCACGGAGCUGCGAGGAUCAGUUUUGUAUACGUUGCAGGAGUUGUGGCAGGGUCCCUGGCAGUGUCAGUGGCUGACAUGAGGGCGCCGGUGGUGGGCUCCUCUGGAGGUGUGUAUGCUCUUGUCUCUGCUCACCUGGCCAAUAUUGUGAUGAACUGGUCAGGAAUGAAGUGCCAAUUCAAACUCCUGCGCAUGGCUGUUGCCUUGAUCUGUAUGAGCUUUGAAUUUGGAAGAGCCGUGUGGCUGCGAUUCCACCCCUCCGCUUACCCCCCAUGCCCCCACCCCAGCUUCAUGGCUCACCUGGGAGGGGUGAUGGUUGGAAUCACCCUUGGUGUUAUCAUCCUGAGGAACUAUGAGCAGAGACUCCAAGAUCAGACUUUAUGGUGGAUCUUCCUUUCUAUUUACGUAAUUUUUGUCUUGUUUGCCAUCUUCUGGAAUAUUUUUGCCUACAGUCUGUUGGAUCUAAAGCUACCUCCCCCUCCUUGAAAACAUGGGACAGAAAACUGGAGAGCAGAAGUCAUCUGUCAGCUGUGUUAAGUGAAUGAAGAUGGAGGAUCUAUUUUUGUAUUUAACUUGGGAGGAUGAUUCUUCUGAACACAUGAGUGUGCUGGAGGAGGUGCUUAAAGAUCUCAUGAAAGAAUGGGCUGAUCAGUUUGUUCAUAAAUCCAGCAGGUUCUGUAACUCUGGCUGGCCAUGCCUUGCAGUUUCUGCCCUGCACAUGGGCACUGACUGCUUGGGUUGUUAUCACACAUCAAUAUUUUCUACGAGAUAUUUGUAUUUCCAGGUCAGUAUUGGAAUUAUGGCCAAUUGUUCAGUGAAUUUCCUCGAUGUUACUGAACACUAAAAGUGAAAAAGAGCAGACAUUUACUAAUUAGAGACUCAAAUGGUACUCACAAGGCAGCUUGAGUCUGGUUUCUUUGGACACAUGUGACUGUUCAGCCAUACCAGUGCCACUGUCUAAUUACUUGAAUGGUUCCUAAGGUAUUUUAGCCUCUGCUGAAACUUGUCUUGCACAACUUUCAAAGGAAUCGGCAGAACUUGAUCACACAAAGUGAUGGAGACUGGUCUUCAACCACAGGUCAAAUGAAAUUGCACUAUAAACAUUGGGAAUCUUAGAGUGUUGUGGAUACCCAGCCAGAAGUGACUUUCCUGUGCAUGUUUCUCUUGAUUUUAAUUAAUUAUUCCCCCUUCCCCAGUCUAGCUGUGGCUAGAGGGUGUGGCUGGAUUGUUGAGUUUUUUGGGGGGAUUUUUUGUUGGUUUGUUUGUUGGGUUUGUUUUUUGGUUUUUUGGGGUUGGUGUUUUUUUGGUGUUUUUUUUUUGUUUGUUUUUUUUGGUUUUUUUGAGGGAUGACAAAAAGGAGGGCAAAUGUUCAUUUGUGGUUUUAUCAGACGACAAUCAGGUGCUGUUUUCUUCUCUUUUUUUUUUCCGACCACACUGACCUAACACCUGGCCUGCAGUGAGCUCCUAGCAAGGAUCUCAACACUUCCAGCAGGUUCUUACGAGGCAAAUGGGACCAUGAUCACCUCCAGCAGCCCAGGGUGGGAACUAUCCAGUCUUUACAGCCAUACAAUCCAUUUGGGGCCAAGUCCACUGACAGCAGUGGAGUUAAAUCAGUUUGUAUGUAGCACUAGUUUCCCAAUGAAGUGGAGAGGGUGUUAUUUGCUACAGUGAUCAUUGUGAAAUGAAUAAAACUGGUUUUAAUAUGACUUCUAAAAUUUUGAGGAUGCCUCUUCCUGAGGCAACGGAUGUCAGGAGCCCCAGACAAGAGUUAGUUGCAGUGAUGUCUUUUUCUUUAAUGUUGGUCAAGCCCAGUUCAGGCAAUCUGUAAGUGGGCUGUGGCACAGUUCACAGAAUUGCCUGCACAGACCUAGGGACCACAUGGGGACAUCUGUAGCACAAGCAGAGCUUAUAGGUACUCUUCUCUGUAAGGUGCUUAUUUUGCUUGUCACCUUAGAGAGCUGCCAAAUUACAGUCCAGGAGUGUGGGUGCCCUCUUUUUCUCUGCCCUUUACCCACCUAUUCAAUGGUCUGGACAAAGCAGCCAUAAUAGUCUCUCCAGAUAAGCUCCUCUCUUCCUUUUUUCUAUUUCCUGCUGAUGCCCAGGCACAGCCACCAGAGUCUUUCACAGCACAUCCCACAGGCACCGUAGUGGUUGUGUUUGCUCUGUAGAAAAAUGUCUCUGUGUUGUGGGCUUUAUUCUCUCAGCUAUCUAUCCUUGCUGCCAGAUGAUACCACAAGCUAGUAGGAGCCUAGCCUGUCCUUUUAGAGGGGGCAUCCACAAGUGCUUAUCAGCUGCCCCCUUCUUUGCCUCUUAUGGAAAAAUAACUCUGGGUUGAGGGGUAAAGUCUUCUCCUACCAGAUGCACUCAUAAAACUUAUGUUGCCUCAGAAGGAGGGGAUAGAAAAUAAGUGUAUCUGCAGCCUGGAAUAAGCCUUACCUGCAAAAGAAACAAUUUUUGGCACCUUUGUGCACAGAAAUGGGAUUUCUGAGGGCAGUUGCACUUUUUUUGUUCUGCAUGGCCAGUACGUUGCUCAUGGGCCCUCACUGUGGACCAAGAGGAAGGGAUAAGGGCCAGAGCUCUGAUCAUUUUGGAGAAGGGAUUGGUUCCCUGAGCCAUUUUACCUCUUCAGUUUGGGUCCAGAUCCCAGCAGUCACAAGAGUUCCCAUGGAUUGUUGCGGGUGCUGGCCCAGUGAAUGUUGUAGCUGUGGAUGCCCCUGGGAGCAGGCAGGAAGGAGAGUGGGAGCUAGGAGAGUUCUGACAUGGUUAUCAAGUAAGGAGGACAUUCCUUCCCUCACCUAUUGCUAAGCCUUUCUUACAGAUGCCUUGAAAACAGAGGUGACCAGGAAUGGGAAUUCUCCUGAAAUCUUAGGAAAGCUUUUAAAAUUUUGGUAGAAAAUUUCAGUUGCAAAAAAACCCAGAUUAUUUUGCCUAUAAUUUACCAGAGUGCAAUGUGCACCAAUUGAUUUUUAUUUUUGGUUUCUCAGCUGAAAGCUACUUACUGCCCAUGAGUUUCUUACCAGUAAAGGUUUCCAUGCCUGCCAGUGUGUGCUCUGAGGUGAAGCAGCAAGAUAAAAGUUCAAGAGCCGUCAGUUUCUUGAUCAGCUUGAUCAUGGCCAAAAUGUCUUUACUCAGCUCAGGAGUGGGAGGGAGCUGAACAGAGUAUGCAGAAGACAGCCUUCCUUGGUCCUUUUUCCUUAGAUGAGUGUAGUUUACAUGAACUGGUUGAAAACAGUUCUGAAGUUGAUCUUAAGACUUCUUCUUUUAAACUGUUGUUCAUCUUUCUGACUUCAUUCUGUGUCCCCAUACCCUGCCUGAGCAAGUGUACAAACAACCCUGGGGAUCAGAAAGGCCAGACUUUAGGGCAGUGUUAGAUUUAUGGUAGGUGAAGGAAUGAAACCCUCUCACAUUCCUGUUCAUCAGAGCUGAAAUCUCCUCCCAUCCAUGGAGCAGUUUGUGCACAGAGCCUGUUGUCUGCUAAGAAUCAAUCAGCCCAUGGAGCCAGAAGCAGCACAAAGUGCUUACGCUUUUUAAUUAUUUUUUUAAUCAUUGAAAUUACAGUGUGAAAACUUGCUAUGUUUUUACAGAGUAUCGCAAAUUCCAGUUAUGUUAUUUUCUAACAUACCCAGGAGUGCCACAGUGCUGCAGCACCACAGAGCUAACAGCAACCAGGCUUUUCUGUUACCUCCAGAUGUCCUUGAAGCUGCUGGCUCACGUUGGAGAUAGAAUAUUCUCCAUCCUGCUCAUUUGUGGUUCCAACCUGUCACAGUCAGCAGCAUGUUCCUGAAGGAGCAUCCAUUGAGGGACUGGUUUCAGUGAUUUGUUGUGGUUGUAUUUCAGCUACUGCCAGGAUUUUCCAUCAGUCAGAUAAAAGAUGAAUCUAUUGAUGGUCAUGACUGUGCAGUGCUGGAGCAGAAGGCAAGGACUGUCACCAGUGUACAGGUUUGAACAGAGCACCUCGGAGCAAGUUAUUUUACGCUGUGUCCUUGAGCGAGGACACAACACCUGGGGGAGAAAAGAAAAAAAGCAGCCGUUAGUGAGGUGGAUUUCCCGCGCGGUGAGUUCAUUGCAGCAGAGGUCCGUGAGGAUGAGGAGCAGUGCGGCAGGCGGAGCAGCCGGCGGCGCUGGAUGCGGGGCUGCCAGGGACACCUGCCGGCGGCGGGCAGCAGCGCCGGCCCGGCCACGGCGGGACGAGGGGCUCGCACAGCCGUGGGGAGGAGGAGGAAAGAGGAGAAGCAGGCAGAUCAAAGUCCACGGGGACUGCAAAUGGCACCUUUUAUUCCUAGACAGGUAAAGAUUGGUGUUAUACACAGCGAUAAUAACACAGACAUGAGGAGGGAGAGAGUUGUGAUGCAGUGGUGAGAGAGGUUUCCAGAAACAAUCUGUGAGUGAGGUGUAGCAGUCAUAAAAAUGCUGAUGAAUUUACUUUUGCUGAAUUUUUAAGACAACAUCUUGUGUCACUGUUUCCCUGUCAGUUGAUGAGAAAUCUUAGCACUUACGUGGCAUAUUGUGCUUUUUCACCACUUGCUCCUUUAGCAGUGGGAAGUAUGUCAUCAACAGGGAAGGGGGAAGCUAGAGAAAUUGUUACUAGAAAUAAAGCUCAGGGAUUCUGUAUCCCAAUACCUUGCUGCUUCUGAUGGAUUAUACUGUCCAUGUGUUUUAGAUCAGAUUGGGCCAUUUCAGUUUGAACUGUGCUAUGGAGGAUGGAAUCUGACAUGUUCAGAGCUUAUAUUGACAUGACAGCUGACCUCACAAGGCAGCUGCUGUUCUCUGCCAAUAUUUAGUCUCACAAGAUGGUGGGUAGGACUUUCACACAUCCUUCAGUGAGUAAAGAGCUCAAUGUCUGUUCACAAACAUUCAGUCUCAGCCCAAUUGCUUUGGAACACCCAUCCACUGGCUUUGCCCAAAGUGGAACUGGAGAAUGGGGACAUGGUAGUUCAGCACCAGCCACCUCUGGGGGCAAGCUGGGACUAGAGAGCACCUCUGAAUAUUGCUGCUCCCCUUCUCCUGUUACAGUGGUGGCUGCUCUGCCGUGCUUUGUGUGGUAGAACUCAAAGAUUCCUUCUCUCAUCACUGAUGCCAAGAGCUGGUUAUAAGGAAGUACAGAGUAUUUUGCAGGCCCAUAUAAAAGAAUCACACCCAAGACAGAAACCAAGCUUAUUUAAAGGCAAAUGUAUUUAAUGUCACCAGUAAUCAUUGGCUUUUAAUUGGAAAAAGCUUUCUAAUAUGCCAGUAGAAGUACAUAAAAUUUAUGUUUCAGGGUACUUUACAGCACAAAGCACAAAAUAUUCCCUAUGGUUUAAGUAGCUGAAGUACCUUAUUUUCAGUGAGCUUGAUAGACACGUUGUCACUGACUCUCUCCUGACUCCCACAGUGUCUGUUCAGUUUGCAAAUAAAGCCAGAUUUAUGCAGCUUUUCUUUUGCUUACACUACUAAUGCUAACAACACAUCCGAGUGUUAAACACAAAGCACUAAACUACAUAAUUUUCUGCCUUAAAAUACUGAACAAAUGGUACUUUCCCUGUGAAGGGCUAGUAAAGCAAAAUGAUAUUUGCAAGGUAAGAUGCUAUUGUAUGUUUCCAAAUAUUUUUGUAUUGUGUACAUUCUGUAUAUUUUUGUUGUGACAAUAUUAUUUGAGCGCAGAAUCCAUUAAAUUUUUUUUGUGGUUUUGUUUUCUGUUUCAUUUAUCUUUUCCUUUUUUUAAAUAAAAAUGAGUUGUUCUGUAGCACAUACCAAAAAACCAAGAAGGAACUUUCAAGGACAAUUUAGUAAGUUUGUCUACAGUUAACAUGUUUUUUAACAAAAGAGACCUUGGUUUGGAGCUCUGCCGUGUAAUCUUCUAAUAAUGACAUUGGUAAAUCAUUUUUAUGUCUAACAGAUAAAGGGGAGAGUGAACUGCAGCUUUAUUUCUCCACAAGAUCUAAAGAGAAUGCAGAACUGGCUUGGGACUUGUAUGGAAAUUCAGGUGUUGUCCCACCUUUUGGCAGCUGUCCCUUCACUGCAGUGACCUCACAACUGCAGGGAAGUUGAUGACAUUUGAGUAAAUUUUUAAACAUUUUUUUUACAUUUGAGUAAGUUUUUUUACUAGGGAAGAAGGGUUGUGCUUUUUUAACAUCAGACUCUACUGAGCGUUUUCAAAUCUGAGAGCCAACACUGGUAUCUUGAAUCAAGAGUGGAAACAACAUAUCCAGAAAAAAGUAAACCCCCAGCAAUAGUAAACCCCCAACUGAUUAAAAUAAAAAUCCUUCUACCAGUGUGGAAGGCAGAGUAUUAUUUUGAAAAGUAAGUUGUGUUUUUAUUGGGAAACACUGGGUUAUAAGUGUAAUUUGUAGGAAUGAAAAUGUAUGUAGGAGCAGUUCCUGUGCUACUCCUAAGGGAGGCAGAUCACUGCUACCAUGUGUGGGACUCAGCUCUUGCUCAGUCCUCUGCACGGAACUG